AUGCAUCAUUUUAAUAUUUUAGACCCAGACACAAUUCUUGCAAUGCAUACGGGCCUGCUGGAAACCGAAGAUCCCGCGACGAACAAAAUUGCUCCGGCUGAAGAUGCAGCGGUAGUAUCCUGUGCAAAAGUAAUAUGAUCGUACUCGUAGUAAUUGCAGUCAUGCAUUACAAAUCUCGUUCCCAAGGCAAAUAAGCAUGACAAAUUCCAGUUGUCGCGCUGAGCAAAUUUGUAAUGCAAUUAUUAUGACUAGUACGGUAGUACUUUUGCAAUUCACAUGCCGCGGCUGCAGCGCCCACGACAACUACGCGGAAGAGAAACCUUAUGGAACUGUCAGGACUGAAAUUGACAAAGUUGAAAUAAUUUGUAAUGCAGAAAAUGCAUGACGCGAGGUACGUGUGUUGCAGAGCAGGCAAGUGAGGCCGAUUGUAAGCCUGUUUGGGGUUAGGGCUCGAGAUGCUAAGGUAGCGUGAGAGAAUCAGUCUUCUUUGCCUAAACAGCACGACAAACUGGAUUUUAGGACCGCCAAAAUUUGUCAUGCGCUACUUGGAAACUGGGUUCCAACUGGCAUCCAUUUUAUGCAUGACAAAUUAUUUCAACUUUGUCAAUUUCAAACCUGACGCUUCCAUAAACCUGAAAUUCCUCGAGCGCGUGGCGCCGCAAGAAAAGAAGACGGCGGAGAAGGAUAUCCCAAGGAAAAACGUCCUCAACUACUUCAAGUUUAUUGGGUUGUCGAGCAUGACAAGUUCUAGUACGUGCUAUUGACUUUCGGCUCGUAGUGGUCUAAUAAUCCUCUUGCUUCAGCUAGUAGUCGUGCAAUCGCAGUAAAAAGUGACUACCUUAACCUUACUCUGAUUGUUCUAGCAUGACAAAGAACUACUCCACCUCCCAGACUGGAUUUUUAGAAAUAAAUGGCUUUCAUGCAGCUGGGACUGCGCAUCAGAAACGUUUUAAUUAUGCUUGCGGGUUUACAACGUGACGAGAACCCUGGGGAGGUGGGGACAUUUUUACUCAGGAUUCCAGCGGAAGCGGAAGGACAAGAAAACGAGGGGAGCCAGAGCCAGGAGCAGCCCGCCAAGUAUGGAUUGCAAAAAUGUCUGGGUCUGGAAGAUUGCUAGGUUUGUCAUGCACGUUUUGCGUGACGCGUGAGUGUCUGUGAUGCAUGACCUAGCAUCACAGACAACUUUUAGAGGCUCUCCUAAAUCAGGAUGAGAAAUGCUCUCUCCGUCUAACACAAAGAAAUGGACUCGCUCUUCUUGUUGGUCAUGCAAUACAGAUUCUUUUGGAAUUCAAAGACAGCAUUACAAGUUGCAACCUUGUUCCCGACCCAGACACUUUUGCAAUGCAUACCAAGCCGGCGAAAACAACGGAGCGAAAGUUCCUGGCCCCCCGAGGUGAGGAAUAG